GACAAUCAUGGGGACCGUUUAGCCACUUCGCUGCACGUGCACAACCCCCUCCACCCUCCGACGCGAACGCCCGACGCCUAUUUUGACGGGAAGGUCGAUCACGUGAUAGCUACAGUGUCUGCUUGCCGAGCGGGGACCUGCGGGGGUCUGGCUAGACUUUCCACCGCACACUUUACUGCAAGUCGUCUGCGUCAUGGCUCUUCGGGUCGUUUGAUAUUCGCGGAUUUUGGUGUUCAUCCCGGUGUAUUUCGAUUGCGUUUCGUACGGGUGAAGUCGAACUGGGAUUCACGUAAGGGUUGCGAUCAAAUCGGAAGUUGUUGUGCGAAAUAAAUCGUGAAAUAGUGCUGGUCGAAACGCGCUUGCGCCUUGCGACAGUCUGCAAAUCGUCGAGUGUCGAGACGAUUAAACCGGCCAGUCAGACACGAGUCGUGUUGGUUGAGUGGUGUGAGUCGCGACUAGACAGAGAAAGAGAGCGGUAAACAAUUUCUGGACGAGUCUUUGUGCUGAACGUUCAAAAUCGGUGCUAAAUUACAUAAUGUUACGUGUCGUCUAAUGAUUCCGAAUCGACCUCGGUGAAGUGACUAUAGUGACGGUGAAAUUUGGAUCAACAAUUCGAGAAUGGACACUUCUGUGCUGUGCAACCAAGUCUUCAGUGACUGAUAAUUCGGCGCGGAACUGUUAUCAUGGAAGUGACCCCGCACUUGAAGAGCGUUCUGAAGAAUUACCAGCACAGUGCGACGAAGAGUUUGCAAGGGCCGGGAUUGUCCCUCGUCGUACCGAAAAAUGAAGUCCUCUCUCCGGAAAUCGAAGAGGAAAAGUUCGUCCCCCUGCUUUUUCCCGUCCAACAGGUUCCGAUCCUGACGAUUCCGGACACUUGCAGCGAACGUACCGAGACCAUCCUCGAAGGGGAGUCCAUUUCGUGUUUCGUAGUAGGCGGCGAGAAGCGUCUCUGCCUGCCCCAGAUCCUGAACUCGGUCCUGCGGGACUUCAGCCUGGCUCAGAUAAAUCAGGAGUGCGAUCACCUGCAGAUCUACUGCUCCAGAUGCACCCCGGAGCAGUUGAACGUGCUCAAAAACCAGGGGAUUCUGCCCAGCGGUGCUCCGAGUUGUGGUUUGAUAACGAAGACGGACGCAGAGAGGUUGUGCAGUGCCUUGUUGUACGGGCAAGUGACUUCCGUGAUCAAGCCCCGAAAGGGAGCGCUGUCUAUCCCCGUCCACCACGAGUGCUUCGGGAGGUCCCGGGGGUCCUGCUUCCCCGAGUUGUACACCAGCAAAAACGCGAAAUGCAUCGAAUGUGGGGACUGCCAGAUGGGGUUUUCGCCCCAACAGUUCGUUUGUCAUGUGCACAGGUACUUGGAGAACAGAACGGUGCAUUGGGGGUUCGACUCUUGUAACUGGAGAAGGUACCUGCAUGUACCUCUGGAUCACGCAGAGCAUGGCCAAUUUGUGAAGAUACUGAACGAUAUGAGAGAUCAGUAUGAAGGACAUUUGGCUUUUCCUGCGCCCGUCGUCGAUCCGAUCAUCAAACGGAAACAGGUUAGUCCCAUUCGAGUCAGUCAUCAUUUUGCUCCAAUAUCUAAUAGGAUUUUAUAGAACUGAACAGCGUGAUAAGUUUCAUAUGACACCCGUGACCCCUUAUCCUUAUCUAAGACUUUUGUCUUCAUAUGUUAUUGGCAUCUACUUCAUUGAACCUUUAUUAUGAAGUGGCAAGUAUCUUUUUCAAU